CCCAUCUCUCUCUCUCUCUCUCUCUUUCGUGCACUGUCUUUAUCUUUAUCUUGCAAUAGACAAUUAAAAUUGCACGAAAGCUGCUGCACUCGGACGUUGUCCGAAACAACGCCAUCAGAGCUCCAUCCUCAGAACCCACUCUCUUUCUCUCUCUAGAACAGCACCAUCAUCAUCUCAUUUCUUGAGAGAGAGAGAGAGAGAGAGAGAGAGAAUGCAAGAUCCAGGGAAUGACAUGUUUCCGCCACCCUCAUCUCCCACGACAUCCUCGCUCUCUUCCUCUGAUCUCGACACCGAGGUGAAGCUCCGACCGCAAAUCCUUGAAAAAAAUCCGAACUUGUCGCCUCAGAUUGAAGAAAAGAAGCUACUUUGCCUGCUUGAAUUCUUGAAUUCUCACUCUCCUUCUUGGGUUUUCUUGAUUCUUGAUUUUCAGUCCACAGGUUCUUUCUUCCAUGACCGGAGCACCACCCUCGGAACCCUAAUGGGCGUCAGCUUCCCCGCCAUCGCCUUCCGGAACCCGUCUCAGCACCAUGAAGCCCACCACCCAUCCGCCUCCGCCGCGGCGGCCGCUGCCCCCGUCGCGGCCGGCGGCCUCAAGAGCAAGAAGCCCAAGAAGAAGAAGGCGGCCAACCCCUCGGCGGCCCUGGUGGCGGAGCGGCGGCGGAGGUGGUGGCGGCUCUGCCGUGACGACGGCGGGAAGCCGGCGUCCCUCGGUGUUCUCGAGAUGGAGCGGCGGUUCGGGGACGGCGCAUUCUACGACGGCGCGCCGCGGUCGGAGCUCGACGGGAUGGCGGACGGCAGCAACCAGCCGAGGAACGGGAGGGUCCUGUUCGCCGACGGCCGGGUCCUGCCGCCGGCGGUGGACGUCGGCGACGGACGCCGUCGGCCGACGGGGGCUCUGUGCCGAUUCCCGGUGUCACUCACUGGUCUCUGUUCUUGAUUCUUGUCGUCAUUAGUGAUUGAUCAUUCUUUGUAAGCUUUGUCAUUUAGGAGUUGAUGAUCAGUAUAAAAAAAGCAUUAAUUUUGGCGUCAUCGAUGGAUUUUGCCAUCAUUAAUUUUUGGGUUUUUUGUUUGCUUCUUCUUCAUUUUGGUGUGGUGCUCUGGCUCUCUAUCAAUGGUUACUUUAGAAUAACCAUCAAUCAAUACAGUGAAAAUGCAAUUGAGUAUGA